AGCGGUUUAUAAAUAAGCCCACCCCUAAACCCCUCACCCUCGCCGUUCUCUGCCUCUCCCCCUCCCCCGUCGCUCGCCGCCGUCCCUCCCCGCCUCCGCGCACCCAGGAAAGAUGGCGUCCCACAUUGUCGGAUACCCGCGCAUGGGCCCCAAGAGGGAGCUCAAGUUUGCCCUUGAGUCUUUCUGGGAUGGCAAGAGCAGCGCCGAGGAUUUGGAGAAGGUUGCCACCGACCUCAGGGCAAGCAUCUGGAAGCAGAUGGCUGGUGCUGGGAUCAAGUACAUCCCCAGCAACACCUUCGCUUACUACGAUCAGGUUCUUGACACCACCGCCAUGCUCGGUGCCGUCCCAGACCGUUACUCAUGGACCGGUGGGGAGAUCAAUUUGAGCACCUACUUCUCGAUGGCUAGGGGUAACGCCACCGUCCCUGCUAUGGAGAUGACCAAGUGGUUUGACACCAACUACCACUUCAUCGUCCCUGAAUUGGGCCCUGACACCAAGUUCUCUUACUCUUCUCACAAGGCUAUCAAUGAGUACAAGGAGGCUAAGGCGCUUGGCGUUGAUACCGUCCCAGUGCUUGUUGGACCAGUCUCAUACUUGUUGCUCUCAAAGGCUGCCAAGGGUGUAGAGAAAUCGUUCUCUCCUCUUUCCCUUCUUAGCAGCAUCCUUCCUGUCUACAAGGAGGUUAUUGCUGAGUUGAAGGCAGCUGGUGCUUCAUGGAUUCAGUUUGACGAGCCCACCCUUGUGAAGGAUCUUGAAUCCCACCAAUUGGCCGCAUUCUCUGCAGCUUACACAGAACUUGAGUCGACACUUUCUGGACUGAACGUUCUUGUCGAGACCUACUUCGCUGAUGUUCCCGCAGAAUCAUACAAGACUCUCACAUCAUUGAGCAGCGUGACUGCUUAUGGUUUUGACCUCGAACGUGGAACCAAGACUCUUGAGCUUGUCAAGAGUGGUUUCCCUGCUGGAAAGUACCUUUUUGCUGGUGUUGUAGAUGGACGCAACAUUUGGGCUGAUGACCUUGCUGCAUCUCUUGCCACUCUUCAGUCUCUUGAGGCUAUUGUUGGGAAGGACAAGCUUGUUGUAUCGACCUCUUGCUCACUCAUGCACACUGCUGUGGACCUUGUAAAUGAGACCAAGCUUGAUGAUGAGAUUAAGUCAUGGCUCGCGUUUGCUGCCCAAAAGGUCGUUGAAGUGAAUGCCCUUGCCAAGGCAUUGGCUGGUCAAAAGGAUGAGGCUUACUUUGCAGCAAAUGCUGCUGCUCUGGCCUCAAGAAGGUCGUCACCACGUGUCACAAAUGAGGAGGUCCAGAAGGCUGCUACUGCCCUGAAGGGCUCUGAUCACCGCCGUGCUACCACCGUUAGCGCUAGGUUGGAUGCGCAGCAGAAGAAGCUCAACCUUCCGGUCCUUCCCACGACCACCAUUGGUUCGUUCCCACAGACCGUGGAGCUCAGGAGAGUCCGCCGUGAGUACAAGGCAAAGAAGAUCUCUGAGGAGGAGUACACCAAUGCCAUCAAGGAGGAGAUCAGCAAGGUUGUCAAGAUCCAAGAAGAGCUUGACAUUGAUGUGCUCGUGCACGGAGAGCCUGAGAGGAACGAUAUGGUUGAGUACUUUGGUGAGCAGCUCUCUGGUUUCACAUUCACUGCCAAUGGAUGGGUGCAAUCUUAUGGAUCAAGGUGCGUCAAGCCACCGAUUAUCUAUGGUGACGUGAGCCGCCCCAACCCGAUGACCGUGUUCUGGUCCAAGAUGGCACAGAGCAUGACUGCUCGCCCAAUGAAGGGAAUGUUGACAGGCCCCGUCACAAUCCUUAACUGGUCUUUUGUCAGAAAUGACCAACCGAGGUUUGAGACUUGCUACCAGAUUGCUCUUGCAAUCAAGAAGGAGGUCGAGGACCUUGAGGCUGGUGGUAUUCAGGUCAUCCAAAUUGACGAGGCUGCUUUGAGAGAGGGUCUGCCACUCCGCAAGUCCGAGCACGCUUUCUACUUGGACUGGGCCGUGCACUCCUUCAGGAUCACCAACUGUGGUGUCCAGGACACGACCCAGAUCCACACCCACAUGUGCUACUCCAACUUCAACGACAUCAUCCAGUCCAUCAUCAACAUGGACGCCGAUGUGAUCACCAUUGAGAACUCGCGGUCCGACGAGAAGCUUCUCUCCGUCUUCCGCGAGGGUGUGGUGUACGGUGCUGGCAUUGGCCCGGGCGUGUACGACAUCCACUCCCCCAGGAUCCCGUCCAAGGAGGAGAUUGCCGACCGCGUCAACAAGAUGCUCGCUGUGCUCGACACCAACAUCCUCUGGGUGAACCCCGACUGCGGUCUCAAGACCCGCAAGUACGCCGAGGUCAAGCCCGCCCUCACCAACAUGGUCGAGGCCGCCAAGCAGAUCCGCGCCGAGCUCGCCAAGGCGCAGUAAGCAGUGCUCGUAUAGCAGCUCUCCCCCCCUUUUAAUUGCAAGGAGGAUGUCACCGUUGCCAUGGCCGGCGUUUUACUUUGAAUAAUCUGGACCUCGUGUCCACUUGUUGGUUAUUAGGGUAGUUGUUUCUCGGCAGGAUGUGCUCAUCCCUUGAUUCGGUGGCUUUUUGAGGCGGUUGUCAGUGUGUAUUGUAAACUUGAGUGGCGAAUUGUUCAUCUGUGUCUGAGUUUGUGUUACGUUACGGUUUCAAAUUACAAAAUUUCUUCA